UCUUGAAUGGAUUGAAAAUAAAUAAAAACAAAUCAGUAGCGUAGACUAAACUCUAGAAAUCUACUAGAAUAUAGAUCUAGAUAUAUGAUAUAGAAUGAUGAUAUAGAUCUAGAUCUAGACUACUUUUGGGGCUGGGUUAAGAGUUAAGAUCUAUGUAGAUCUAGUCACUAAAUGACUAAAUCAUAUAGACUAUCAUUUAUAAUACUAAUAGACUUCUAAACUUCUAGUACUAGUAGUUUAGUUAAUUUAGUAGUACUAGUUAUUACUAGUAGUACUAGAGAUAUUAAAUAAAAUAUUACAGUAGAUGUCACUGAUGUGUAACACUCACACUCAACUGUAGUGAUGUAGUGUAUAGUAUAAGUUAUAAGUGUCUUGACAACAGUAGAUUUUAGGUUACUUCCCUUAAUCCACCUGAGACAUGGUGGCAGUGUGGUAAAUAACUUGGCUUCUGAACCAAGUGGUAGUGAGUGGAAAUCCUUGUGAUGACUGAGAUUUUGAACUUCACGAUUUUCAGGACAACCCCGAGUUCACACAACUCCAAAGGGUACCUAACAUUUGUUGGGAAAUGAAGGAUAAACAUUUCUCUGCAAGACAAGUGUUUUGGCGAGCAUAAACUUGCAUUUCUGUAAAAUUUCUGAAUUAUGGCAGUUAAUAUUUUGCCACGGAGUUGCACACAUCAAAAAUCUCUGAAGUGGAUAUUCAUUGUUGGUGUCAUCUAUUUAGUUUUAAUUUGGUUUGGGUACAAGAGCUUAGAGAAAAAUAUUUCUCAAAUGCACAGAUCAGGUCAUUCUUUUCAUCCUAGACUAAAAAAGGAUGGUAGCAUUCAGUUUUAUGCCAAAGAAUGUGAAAGUGUACAUAUGUCAAGGUCAAGCCUGGCUAUAACAUCUUCAUCUAAUCCUUUGUUUUUAUAUUUAAAUUCAAGUCAGUGUCAAGUUCAUCCUCCUCGCAAGAGAUCAAAUAUUCAGAUGGAAUAUGAAUGGAGCUCAAUCAGUGUUGGAUAUCCACAAUAUGUGUAUACAGUGAGUGGCUGGAUACAAGUGAUCAAUGUGGAAAACUAUGACUCCAAGCCACUUCAGAUUUUUAUAAUCCCACACUCACAUCAAGAUCCAGGUUGGCGUGAAACAUUUGAAGGCUAUUUCAACAGUUACACUAGGAAUACAUUAGACUAUGUCAUCAAACAUUUGAAUGAAAACCCAGAUUUAAAGUUUAUUUGGUCUGAAGUUUCUUAUUUGGAGAGGUGGUCUUCUUUACCAGAUUCUAAAACAGAUCAGUUGAAAAGAUUGAUAGACAAUGGUCAAUUGGAGAUAGUCACAGGAGGUUGGGUCAUGACAGAUGAAGCUGUGGCCCACUACACAUCAAUGCUGGAUCAGCUGAUGGAAGGACAUCUUUGGCUUCAUAAACAUGGUAUAUCUACUAAUACAUCUUGGUCAGUGGAUCCAUUUGGGCACUCACCGACCAUGACCUACUUAUUGAAAAGAGCUGAAAUCAACCACAUGGUUAUUCAGAGAAUACAUUUUGCCAUCAAGCGCCAUUUUGCCAAUCAGAAAAACUUAGAAUUUUACUGGAGACAGGCCUGGGAUUCAGAUGAUAACACUGGUGUCUUCUGUCACAUGAUGCCAUUUCUUUUAUAUUCUAUUCAUUACUCUUGUGGCCCUGACCCUCAUGUCUGCUGUCAGUUUGACUUUCACACAGAUAAAUGUUUCAGAGGGAAAGAAACUAUUCCCAAGAUAACAGUGGAUGAUACUAACAUCAGGAAACUAGCAUGGGCUUUGUGGGAACAGUUUCAAAAAAAGGCCUCAUUGUAUCGAAGCAACAUUCUACUUGUCCCCCAUGGAGAUGAUUUUCGUUACAGCUCUCAGAGUGAGUGGACAGAACAGUUUGGAAACUUGGGGAAACUGAUGGAUUAUAUGAACAAAAAUAAAGACAUGAACAUUCAGAUUCAGUAUGGAAUUUUAUCUGACUACUUUCAAGCAGUAGAAAUUGAAAGUCAAAAAAAUAGAAUCUCUUUCCCUUCACUUGCUGGUGACUUUUUUCCCUACAAUGAUAGAGAUGACCAGUACUGGACAGGCUAUUACUCUAGUAGGCCUUUAUUUAAACACAUGACAUAUGUCUUGCAAGCAAAGUUGAGGAUAACAGAAAUCUUGUUUUCUCUUCUGUGUGCUCAGUUGUCAGAAUUCUCUAAGUCAUUUUGCUCCACCAAGGAGCCGGUUAUUGUUGAUGCUCGUAGAUCUCUGGGUCUGUUCCAACAUCAUGAUGCCAUCACAGGCACAAGUAAAAAGAGAGUUAUGGAGGACUACAGCAACAAAUUACACAACACAGUCAAUCAAGUGGAGGAUCUCUUGGCCUUGUUGAUGUUGAACAGUCUACUCCCUAAAUUGGAUAAAGUCUCUAUUCCUACAGCCAACACUCUCCUGUCUGUUGAAAACUGGCAGUCUCCUACAUCUGUGCCAGUUUUAAGGAUUAGUGAAUUUAAAGGGAAAUGGUUUGUUCUAGUUGUAAAUCCACUCACAAUACAGUGGGUGUCUCCUAUUACAAUCAGAACCUCUACUCCAUGCAUUGUGAAGACAAAACAAGGAACAUUAAUUCCCAGCCAGAUUAAUCCAGUCUUCUCAUUGGAGCUGCAGCCAGUAGCUAAACUUUUUGAUAUUGUCUUUAUUGCCAAUAUCACUGCUCUCUCUUUACAAAUGUAUGAGCUUCAUGAGGAGACAGAGGAAGCUGAAUAUGCCACAAUUACAGUCUAUGGAGAUGUUCUUCACAUAGAAUCUUUUCUGUCUGUUUAUAAUGCUGUUCACUCAGGGAAAGAAUUAAUUCAUAUUGAAAGUACUUUACUUAAAGCCACAUUUUCUGCUUGUUCAGGAACACUUCAGUACAUUUUACGUAAAACUGAUGAAACCUGGCACAAGACAUCUGUACAGAUGAUGACUUAUGGUACAGGUUCCUGGAUAAAUCCAUUCAAAGACAAGAGUGGUGCUUAUAUAUUUAUGCCAGAUGGUUAUGCUCAGGAAUUAGAAAUUUACUAUCCUACAAUAGUUGUAGUGAAGGGACCUGUGCUAUCUAGAGUUUUAACCAAACUUCCAGGAGUGCGUCACUCUGCUUCACUGUACAAUGUAUCAGGUCCAGUUGGAGCUGGUGUUCAUUUGGAUAACUUGGUGGACAUAUCAACUCAGGAGUUUGAGAACAAAGAACUCAUGAUGAGAAUAACUACAGACAUUUCAAACCUGGACUCCACGAUUUGUGUUGACCUCAAUGGCUAUCAGAUGCACAGAAAACAAUUCAGAGCUAAGUUUUUAAUUCAAGGGAACUUUCAUCCAAUGACAUCAAUGGCAUAUAUAGAAGAUAGGAAGCAAGAGCGAGUUACUUUAAUAACAUCUGAACCCCAUGGAGUUGCCUCUCUUACUUCAGAUUCUCUAGAAGUGAUUCUAGACAGAAGGUUGAUGCAAGAUGACUGGAGGGGACUUAAUGAAGGUCCAAAUGAUAACAGAGAAAAUCCCAGCAAGUUUAUUUUACUGGUAGAGAAAAGAGACUUUGUUGUACCGUCCAAAGGUCCAAUGAAAGCCUCUCCUUGUUAUCCAUCACUAUUGGCUCACCUGCUGGCUACCCACCUCCAUAACCCACCCCAUGCUGUUAUGAUGCCCACUUCACCAGUGAAAUCAUCUGUGAGACUAAUCAGUCAGCCAUGGCCAUGUCACUAUGACCUUGUCAAACUGAGAUUUUUGGAACUUAGCAAAACAUCAGUCAAGUCUUACCUGGUGCUCCAUAACACAGGAAUAGAUUGUUCCUUCACACAGAUAUUUAUGGACUGCAGUAUGCAGCAACCAGUCUAUUUAAAUAUGUUCAAUGAGGUGAAGGUCAGUACAGCAGUAGAAACCUCAUUGACUGGAGUGAAAGAACUGAGCCAUGUGACUGAGAUGAAAGUCAAACUGUCAGAAAUGGAAAUCAAAACUAUUAAGUUAACCUUUAGAUAACAGUAGAAGAGGGUUAACAUUUCUGUGUACAGGGUUGACAGCUUGGGAUGUAGUAAUUGUGGUUAUUGAAAGUACUUAACUUAAUAUUUAUAUGUGAAAUCUCUGGUAUUGAGAGUAUUUCAUGCAUUUAGUGUGGAGUUAAAAAGUGAUAAAACUAUGCAAUAUGUGAUAAUGAGAGUUUUGAGAAGAGUUUAUUAUUUUGACUUUGAGAGUAUAUAGAUACCUGCCUGGUCAUGUGGUAUGUAUAUCGAACCCUACCCACUGCCAUCCCCUGCUGUCCUGUGGAAUGUUUGGUCUAGGAGGUAAUAAUCUUUAAUUCUAUAGGACUGUCAUCUUGAUGGUCCGGGGUUCAAAACCUGCCUAUCGACAUCUCUUGCAAGUUGUUUUGGUUAGGAUGUAAUAAAUCUUCUAUUCUGAAGGAACAUCUGAAAUAUGUAGAAUAAUCAUAAUAAGAUGUCUGGUUGUUUAACAGUGAUGAGAUUCUUUUUUUCCUGACAUUUUGCUAUUUUAAGCCAUUCUCCUAAAAGGCACAGACCUACAGUUUUAAGUCAUUUGUGUGUGUAUGUUUAUAUUUGUGUGUGUAUGUUUGUGUGUUUUUAACAAGGUUUAAAAAACAACAACACUUCUCUUUCUUCAAUCAGUAGAGUGAACUGUUUGAAAUAGUCACUUCUUUCACAUCUGUUUAGUUCAAUCAGUGGAGUGACCUGUUUGAAAUAGUCACUUCUUUCACAUCUGUUUAGUUCAAUCAGUGGAGUGACCUGUUUGAAAUAGUCACUUCUUUCACAUCUGUUUAGUUCAAUCAGUGGAGUGACCUGUUUGAAAUAGUCACUUCUUUCACAUCUGUUUAGUUCAAUCAGUGGAGUGACCUGUUUGAAAUAGUCACUUCUUUCACAUCUGUUUAGUUCAAUCAGUGGAGUGACCUGUUUGAAAUAGUCACUUCUUUCACAUCUGUUUAGUUCAAUCAGUGGAGUGACCUGUUUGAAAUAGUCACUUCUUUCACAUCUGUUUAGUUCAAUCAGUGGAGUGACCUGUUUGAAAUAGUCACUUCUUUCACAUCUGUUUAGUUCAAUCAGUGGAGUGACCUGUUUGAAAUAGUCACUUCUUUCACAUCUGUUUAGUUCAAUCAAUGGAGUGACCUAUUUGAAAUAGUCACUUCUUUCACAUCUGUUUAGUUCAAUCAGUGGAGUGACCUGUUUGAAAUAGUCACUUCUUUCACAUCUGUUUAGUUCAAUCAGUGGAGUGACCUGUUUGAAAUAGUCACUUCUUUCACAUCUGUUUAGUUCAAUCAGUGGAGUGACCUGUUUGAAAUAGUCACUUCUUUCACAUCUGUUUAGUUCAAUCAGUGGAGUGACCUGUUUGAAAUAGUCACUUCUUUCACAUCUGUUUAGUUCAAUCAGUGGAGUGACCUGUUUGAAAUAGUCACUUCUUUCACAUCUGUUUAGUUCAAUCAGUGGAGUGACCUGUUUGAAAUAGUCACUUCUUUCACAUCUGUUUAGUUCAAUCUGUGGAGUGACCUGUUUGAAAUAGUCACUUCUUUCAGAUCUGUACAACUAAACCAAUCUUGUUUCUAUUCUUGUUGGUUUUGAAAGGAUGAAACUUCAGUCAACAAACAAAGUGGUGUUAUCUUUGGAUAUAAUUCAUACAACAGAGUCAUUCUGUAAGCAUUUUCUUAAGUUGUCAGACAAUGGUAUUGCAAUAGAGUAAUGGCUGCCUUUUUUGUAAAAUGUUGAUGUUUUUGAUUGAAAAGAAAUACAUCAAUAAAGCAGUCUUAGUCUCAGUUAAUAAGCUCAAAACUAGGUUUCAGAAUUGUGUUAUCAUUUUCUAGUCAAUGUUUAGCUAUGAAGUGAAAGAAUGCUUCAUGGCUUUUAUUGAUCAAUAUUUUCUCAGCUCAUAAAAGUAUCUGAUCAAAGUGACAAGACAUUCUGUUUCUGUUACUGAGAAAUCAUGAUACCCAAGAUAAAAAAAUUUUUAUCAUUCAGCCAUUGUUGUAGUUGUUGUUUCUACUGCAGUAUUUUGUCUUGUUUUAAUGCAUUUAAAGGCUUGUGAAAUGUUUUCAAAAGAAUUUGUGUAAGCUUUGUUAAUGUUUUAAUGAAUCAGAUUUGUUUAGUUGUUGAUGAUGUUAGCUAAAAUGUCUCUAGAUUUUUAAUACUACCUGCUUUAUUUCUUGUAUUGCUUUCACUCACUUGCCUCCCUUUGGUUCAAGAAGAAAAGCACAAUGUGGUCAGCUCUUUCACUGCCUCCAACCUUGAACUAAACUUGGUUUUGUUUCUUCUUGCAUACAAAAAUAUAAAUAAAAAAAGGUUCAUUGAAACAAAACCAUUUUGUUGUCUACAUUUUAAAUUAUUAAUUUUGUAUCCCAGUGAUCAGUUUGUAACAGCUCUGUCUAUUAACAGAUUGAAAACAUUUGAUCAUCAAUAGCUUCUUCUUUAUUAUUGUGUUUGUGUUAUGUUUUUUUGCAUUGUUGACUAUUUAAAAACAAGAUUUGAGAUCAUAAUCAACAGGUGUGCUUAUGUGUCUACUCACAUACUUUUGAAUAUGGAAUUAGACAUAAAUAUAGAUUGUUAGAGGAGGCACUGUGGCUGAGCGGUAAAGCACUUGGCUUCUGAACCGGGGUCCAGGGUUCAAAUCCUUCUAUUUCAGGGUUCUUGGGCCACCUCUGAGUCCACCCAGUUCUAAUGGGUACCUGACAUUAGUUGGGGAAAAGUAAAGGCGGUUGAUCAUUGUGCUGGCCUCAUGACACCCUUGUUAACCACAGAAACAGAUGACAUUUACAUCAUCUGCCCUAUAGACCACAAGGUCUGAAAGGGAAACGUUACUUUAGUAAUACUAUAGUUUGCUAGAAUUAGUUUUGGGUAUUUAUAGUAAGUCAGUUGUCAGUGAAGAUUUUGUGAUCAUAGAGCAACCCAUUUUUACAAAGUUUUUAUCAACUAUGUCUGUCUGGUACAAAUUUUGAACAUGUUAUUUCUCCCUCCCAUUCUAUGGAUAAAGUUGAAAUGUUAAAAAAAUUAUCUAUUAUACCUAACAAAACAUUAAUCAAUUAAAAAAUUAACCAAUUAGUCAAUUUUUUUUUUUUUGUUAUUGAAAAAGGGAAAUAAUUUCUAUAUUAUUGAGAUAUAUAGUUUUUCCCCUUGGAUCAGUUGUUUUUUUUGUAAAGUAUUUUUAUAUUUUGCUUUUUAGUGUUCUAUACCUUUUGAUAAAAAUGGUGAUAUAUAUAUAUAUAUAUAUAUAUAUAUAUAUAUAUAUAUAUAUAUAUAUAUAUAUAUAUAUAUAUAUAUAUAUAUAUACAUUUAUUUGAAUGAAUAUAUGUGUGUGUUUGUUCUGCUUUAAGUAAGUGCUUAGCUCAAUUGUUCAUUGGCAAUUAUUUCUAUGUCAUGUAUAUUUAUGUUAAUAUAUUGAUCAUUACAUGCUUAAAACUUUUUUUUUGUUGAAACAAAUGAACACAAAAAGAUGACUCCCAUUAGAGUAUGUUUUAUUUAGAAAAAAAUCAGCUUGAAUACAAUAGAUGUCUGAUGAUAAACAAAUUUCAGUAUACUCAACUCCACCAGUUACAGUGAAAAUACAUUUGAAAUCUAGUGAUACAUCAUGAGUAAAAUAAUACAGAUGACAGUAUUUGAGGGUUGUUUUUUUUAAGGAUUUUGCCCACAAGAAAUGUAAUUGUUUUGGUUACACAACUAAAAUGAUGAAUCCUGUCUUGAUUAAAUAACAAUUGGAAUGACAACUUGCAAUCAGAGCAAUUAAGUAGGAAGGAAACAGUUGUGAGUGGAGAAACUAAAGCUUUGUUUUACCAUGAAAACAUCAGAUCAAUGAAAUAGCAAUACAUCAAGAUGUGCAUAAAUUCAGUGAGUAACAUCAUAUUACAAAAUAAAAAUACUGUGCAUUGCGUUGAGGUGUAGACAUGAUUGCAUUCUAGAAUGAGAGUGCAGUGAUUGGCUUCUGUACUACAGGCUGUUAUGGAUACCCUGUUUGAAUUCAAGGAGAGACAACAGGAAUGGUGUCGUCUGAGAACUUUGCUGCUAAUCAAAGUCUUCCAUGUAGGACUCCAAAAUUAAAGAAAUUCCUAGCUCUCUAGGCUCUAAAAUGAAACAAUGUUAAUGUAGACACACUGUACCAAAGGGACAUUUUCUGGUCAGACUCAUUUUCUUAAUUGUUUUUUACACUAGCUCACUAGCCUCUGUUAGAAGUAUUUCUAAUAAAAUAUAUUUCUCACAGC